AUGGGGUGGGGGGGGGGGGGUUUGGGGGGUGUAUGUGGAGGGGGGAAUGGGAUGGUGGAAAAUGUAUGGGAAUGGGUUGGAAGGGGGGGGGUUUUGUGUAGGUUGGAGUUGGGGGGUUUGUGUGGGUUGUUAGGGGGUGGGGUAGUUGGGAUAUGGGGGGGGAUUUGGGGGGGGGGUGUAUGUGGGGUGGGGGGGUGGGGGGGGGUUGAUAGUGGGUGUGGGUUGGUGGGUAUGGGGGGGGUGUGGGGUGGGGGUUGGGGGUGUUUGUUGGGGGGUAAGUUGUGUUUGAUAAUGGGUGUUGGGGUUGGUUUGGUUGUGGAUGUUAUUUUGGGUAAUUGGGGGGUAUGA